AUGCAGGGUAUACAAGGUAUACAGGGUAUACAGGGUAUACAGGGUAUACAUGAGUAUACAGGGUAUACAGGGUAUACAGGGUAUACAGGGUAUACAGGGUAUACAGGGUAUACAAGGUAUACAGGGUAUACAAGGUAUACAGGGUAUACAUGAAUAUACAGGGUAUACAGGAUCUACAGGGUAUACAGGGUAUACAUCAGUAUACAGGGUAUACAUGAGUAUACAGGGUAUACAGGGUAUACAUGGGUAUACAGGGUAUACAUGGGUAUACAGACAAUACAGGGUAUACAUAGGUAUACAGGGUAUACAUGGGUAUACAGGGGGUAUACAUACAUACAUACAGGGUAUACAGGGUAUACAGGGGUAUACAGGGCAUAUACAUACAGGUAUACAGGGGUAUACAGGGUAUACAGGGUAUACAGGGUAUACAGGGUAUACAGGGUAUACAGGGUAUACAGGGUAUACAGGGUAUACAGGGUAUACAUAGGUAUACAGGGUAUACAGGGUAUACAGGGUAUACAGCGUAUACAUAGGUAUACAGGGUAUACAGGGUAUACAUAGGUAUACAGGGUAUACAGGGUAUACAGGGUAUACAUAGGUAUACAGGGUAUACAUGGGUAUACAGGGUAUACAGGGUAUACAGGGUAUACAUAGGUAUACAGGGUAUACAGGGUAUACAUAGGUAUACAGGGUAUACAGGGUAUACAGGGUAUACAGGGUAUACAGAGUAUACAGGGUAUACAGGGUAUACAGGGUAUACAGGGUAUACAGGGUAUACAGGGUAUACAGGGUAUACAGGGUAUACAGGGUAUACAGGGUAUACAGGGUAUACAGGGUAUACAGAGUAUACAGGGUAUACAUGGUAUACAUAGGUAUACAGGGUAUACAUAGGUAUACAGGGUAUACAGGGUAUACAUAAGUAUACAGGGUAUACAUGGGUAUACAGGGUAUACAGGGUAUACAGGGUAUACAGGGUAUACAGGUAUACAGGGUAUACAGGGUAUACAUGGGUAUACAGGGUAUACAGGGUAUACAUAGGUAUACAGGGUAUACACAUGGUACAUAUAUACAGGGUAUACAGGGUAUACAGGGUAUACAGGGUAUACAGGGUAUACAUAGGGUAUACAGGGUAUACAGGGUAUACAGGGUAUACAGGGCAUACAGGGUAUACAGGGUAUACAGGUAUACAUGGGUAUACAGGGUAUACAGGGUAUACAGGGUAUACAGGGUAUACAGGGUAUACAGGGUAUACAGGGUAUACAUAGGUAUACAGGGUAUACAGGGUAUACAUAUAGGUAUACAGGGUAUACAGGGUAUACAGGGUAUACAGGGUAUACAGGGCAUACAGGGUAUACAGGGUAUACAGGGUAUACAGGGUAUACAGGGUAUACAGGGUAUACAGGGUAUACAGGGUAU